AUGACACCUGCACUACUACUACCCGCCUGUGGUUCCCCUGCUCCCCUCCCUAUUUUGGUUUCUCUCCUCCCUUCCCUGCUGUGGUUCCUCUGCUCCCCUCCCUGCUGUGGUUCCUCUCCUCCCUUCCCUGCUGUGGUUCCUAUGCUCCCCUCCCUGCUAUGGUUCCUCUCCUCCCGUCCCUGCUGUGGUUCCCCUGCUCCUCUCCCUGCUGUGGUUCCUCUCCUCCCCUCCCUGCUGUGGUUCCCCUGCUGUGACUCCUCUCCUCCCUUCACUGCUGUGGUUACCCUGCUACCCUCCCUGUUGUGGUUCCUCUCCUCCCUUCCCUGCUGUGGUUUCACUCCUCCCUUCGCUGCUGUGGUUCCCAUGCUCCCCUCCCUGCUAUGGUUCUUCUCCUCCCUUCCCUGCUGUGGUUUCCCUACUCCUCUCCCUGCUGUGGUUCCUCUCCUCCCCUCCCUGCUGUGGUUCCCCUGCUCCUCUCCCUGCUGUGACUCCUAUCCUCCCUUCCCUGCUGUGGGUACCCUGCUACCCUCCCUGUUGUGGUUUCUCUCCUCCCUUCCCUGCUGUGGUUCCCAUGCUCCCCUCCCUGCUAUGGUUCCUCUCCUCCCUUCCCUGCUGUGGUUCCCCUGCUCCUCUCCCUGCUGUGGUUCCUCUCCUCCCCUCCCUGCUGUGACUCCUCUCCUCCCUUCCCUGCUGUGUUACCCUGCUAGCCUCCCUGUUGUGGUUCCUCUCCUCCCUUCCCUGCUGUGGUUCCUAUGCUCCCCUCCCUGCUAUGGUUCCUCUCCUCCCGUCCCUGCUGUGGUUCCCCUGCUCCUCUCCCUGCUGUGGUUCCUCUCCUCCCCUCCCUGCUGUGGUUCCCCUGCUCCCCUCCCUGCUGUGACUCCUCUCCUCCCUUCACUGCUGUGGUUACCCUGCUACCCUCCCUGUUGUGGUUCAUCUCCUCCCUUCCCUGCUGUGGUUUCACUCCUCCCUUCGCUGCUGUGGUUCCCAUGCUCCUCUCCCUGCUAUGGUUCCUCUCCCCCCUUCCCUGCUGUGGUUUCCCUACUCCUCUCCCUGCUGUGGUUCCUCUCCUCCCCUCCCUGCUGUGGUUCCCCUGCUCCUCUCCCUGCUGUGACUCCUAUCCUCCCUUCCCUGCUGUGGUUACCCUGCUACCAUCCCUGUUGUGGUUUCUCUCCUCCCUUCUCUGCUGUGGUUCCCAUGCUCCCCUCCCUGCUAUGGUUCCUCUCCUCCCUUCCCUGCUGUGGUUCCCCUGCUCCUCUCCCUGCUGUGCCUCCCUGUUGUGGUUCCUCUCCUCCCUUCCCUGCUGUGGUUCCCAUGCUCCCCUCCCUGCUAUGGUUCCUCUCCCCCCUUCCCUGCUGUGGUUCCCCUGCUCCUCUCCCUGCUGUGGUUCCUCUCCUCCCCUCCCUGCUGUGGUUCCCCUGCUCCCCUCCCUGCUGUGACUCCUAUCCUCCCUUCCCUGCUGUGGUUACCCUGCUACCCUCCCUGUUGUGGUUUCUCUCCUCCCUUCCCUGCUUUGGUUCCCAUGUUCCCCUCCCUGAUAUGGUUCCUCUCCUCCCUUCCCUGCUGUGUUUCCCCUGCUCCUCUCCCUGCUGUGGUUCCUCUCCUCCCCUCCCUGCUGUGACUCCUCUCCUCCCUUCCCUGCUGUGGUUUACCUGCUCCCUACCCUGUUGUGGUUUCUCUCCUCCCUUCCCUGCUGUGGUUCCUCUGCUCCCCUCCCUGCUGCGGUUGCCAUGCUCCCCUCCCUGCUAUGGUUCCUCUCCUCCCUUCCCUGCUGUGGUUCCCCUGCUCCUCUCCCUGCUGUGGUUCCUCUCCUCCCCUCCCUGCUGUGACUUCUCUCCUCCCUUCCCUGUUGUGGUUUCUCUCCUCCCUUCCCUGCUGCGGUUGCCAUGCUCCCCUCCCUGCAAUGGUUCCUCUCCUCCCUUCCCUGCUGUGGUUCCCCUGCUCCUCUCCCUGCUGUGGUUCCCCUGCUCCUCUCCCUGCUGUGGUUCCCUUGCUCCCCUCCCUGCUGUGGUUCCUCUCCUCCCCUCCCUGUUGUGGUUCCCCCGCUCCCCUCCCUGCUGUGACUCCUAUCCUCCCUUCCCUGCUGUGGUUCCUCUCCUCCCCUCCCUGCUGUGA